CACAUAUACAUAUACAUAUAUAUAUAUAAUUUCUACAUUCAUUUUCUUUUUAUAUAUAUAGAAUAAAUACAUAACAAUGUCAAAACCUCAACCUGUUGCUGUGGAGACACCAAAAGAGAAUGAACAAGAUUAUGAACAGAGCCAUGUCCAUGAAGUGUACGAAGUCAUUGCAACCCAUUUCAGCGAUACCCGUUACAAGCCUUGGCCAGUUGUGGAGAAAUUCUUGACUGAAUUGCCUACCGGAAGUAUUGGUGCCGAUGUUGGCUGUGGAAAUGGUAAAUAUAUUGGUGUGAACCCAAACGUUCUUGUUUUGGGAUCAGAUAGAAGUAGCAACUUGAUCAAAAUUGUAAACGAGCGAGGAUUGGAAGGAAUGGUUGCUGAUGGAUUAACAUUGCCCUAUCGCCCGAAUGCAUUCGAUUUUGCUAUUUCCAUCGCUGUCAUUCAUCAUUUCUCGACUCCUGAACGACGACGCAUGGCAAUCGAGGAACUUUUGCGUAUCGUUCGUCCAGGUGGAAGAAUAUUAGUAUUCGUUUGGGCUUUAGAACAAACCAAGUUCAGUAAACGUAAUUUCGAGGUUGGAACACAAGAUGUAUUUGUUCCCUGGACAUUAUCGACAAAAGAACCGCGGAUAGAGAACUCUGAUAAAAAGGGUACAAAGGCAGAAGUAACUACUACAGUCUACAACAGAUACUAUCAUUUAUUCAAGCAAGGAGAGCUUGAUGAUCUUUUCCGACAGAUUGAUGGGGUGGUGAUUGAAACGACAGGAUACGAUCGUGAUAAUCAUUAUGUGAUUGCUCAGAAACCAGAGUAAUAUAUUAUGUAUAUAUACGUGUGGAAAGAAAUAUCAACAUAUAAAAAAUAAAAAUAAAAACACACCUAUCUCAGGUCUUUGCAUAUAUUC